AUGUUUCAAAAGUUAUGCUACACUAAAUGGUCGUGGUUAACACUCUGCGUAACAAGGUAUAAAUUAUUUUGCUUCUAUUGUCGAUUUAUUGAAAGUAUCAACAAACUUGACUUAAGCAAAAGAAAGGAACCUGCCUUUUUGACAACAGGAUUCGACAAUUAUAAGAAGGCAGUUACUAAAUUUAAUGAGCACGAACCAAGUGAUUCCCAAAGGGAAGCCUUAGAAAAGUACCAGCUUAUAAAUCAAAAGGCAAAAUCUGUAACAAGUCAACUUUUAAAGCAGAUUAGACAAAGCCAGAAUAAAAGACAACAAAUGUUUUUAGUAGAACUAUCGUCCUUAAAGUUUCUUCUGCGUCAAGGUCUUGCAAUACGUGGUCAUACAGAAAAAGAGGGCAACCUUAAACAAUUGAUGUUACUGAGAUCUCAAGAUGUAAAAUGGCUACUCCAUAGCAAAAACUACUUGUCCCCAAUAAUAGUAAAUGAGUGUAUAGAGCUUUUUGGCCGAGCGGUGAUUUUAAAGUUGUUAUCACAUAUCCAGAAUUCAAAAUACUUCGCCAUUAUAGGGGAUGAAUCCAGGGACAUUUCAAACAAAGAGCAGCUAUCAAUUUGUAUACGUUGGGUUGAUGAAAAUUGUGAUGUGCACGAGGACUUCCUUGGUCUAUAUAAACUAGAACAAUUAGAUGCAGAUUCUUUAACAAAAACUGUUAAAGAUGUUUUACUCCGAUUUUCAUUAAGUCAAGAAAACUGCCGUGGCCAAGCCUAUGAUGGAGCAGCAAAUAUGACAGGACAUUUACGUGGCCUAGCGGCUCAAUUGAAAGAAAAAAGCAACGCAGCAAUUUCUGUCCAUUGCUUUGCACAUUGUUUAAACUUGUGUUUGCAAGACUGUACCAGACAAUGCACUUUGGUCCGGGACAGUCUUUCAUUUGUAUCUGAAGUUGCUAACAUGAUAAAGAAUGCACCUAAAAAAUUUACUGUCUUUGAUAAAAUCAGGCAGCAGAUGUCGUUUGAUAACAAUGACGGAGGUCCCAUUAAGAACUUGAAGCCAUUGUGUCCUACUCGCUGGGCUGUUUGUUCUAGUGUCUUUGAAGCAUUGUUAGAAAAAACGAAUUACAAGUCUGUUAUAAAUGCAAUGGCAGAAAUUGGAGAAUUGGCUUCAGGUACUUUGCAAACGAAAGCAUUGUUCUUAACUGAAGCUUUGAAGUGUGUCACAGUCACCAAACAGUAUUUGCAAAGAUUAAGAGAAACAUUGUUUAAUCAGUUCUACAAGAAAGUAAAAUCUGAAGCUGAUGAUUUGGAAGUAAGUGAGCCAUCAAUUCCACGGACUCGAAAACAACCGCGGUGGUUAAAUUCUGGCUCAGGACCUCAUAUUUUCACAAAUGUUUCUGAUUAUUUCAGACAAAAGUUUUAUGUAGUUGACCUUUUGAUUGGUGAACUUGACUUGAGGUUUCAGCAGCCAUCUGUAAAAAACGCCAUUAAUAUGGAAACGCUUUUAUUGAACUCAGCAAACUUAGAGUCAGAAACUAUCGAGAUAGAUCCAUCACUGUCAAAAAUGUACCGUGACAUCGACUGGACAAGGUUAACAUGGCAACUUCACAUGCUACCUGAAUUAAUCAAACAGAGCAAAAGCAACAAAGUAAAGCCAAUUACUAAAAUAACAACCAUCUCAACAUUAGUUGAAAUAUUUGCCGAAAAUGAUGCAUCUAAAAUGUUUGACGAAGUGUCUAAAGUUCUAAGAGUCUUUUUUACUAUACCGGUCAGUACAGCAACAGCAGAAAGAUCAUUUUCCAGCCUAAGGAGGCUAAAAACAUAUCUCCGUUCUACUAUGAAUCAAAAAAGAUUAAACAGCACCAUUCUGAGUCAUAUUCAUAAAGAUAUUUUGGAAGAAGUUGGCAUUAACACUGUUUAUAAAGAAUUUGUGCAGGCAAAUGAUGAGCGUCAACGAUAUUUUGGAAAACCAAAGAGUUUAUUUCACGUAUUACGAACUUAA